GAAUGCUUAGCGAUUAAGUCCGCUUACAAAAAAAAGUCUGAUAACUGAAGCAGCCACGGCCAAACGACACGAAAUAUAAUUCUGUACAGUAAAAAAGAAUCGACGUAUAUAUAUUUUUCUAGAUAUGGCUGACAACGAGAAAUUAGAUAAUCAGCGACUGAAGAAUUUCAAAAACAAAGGCCGUGAUUUAGAGACCAUGAGGCGGCAGCGCAAUGAAGUUGUGGUUGAAUUACGUAAGAACAAACGAGAUGAACAUUUGCUAAAGAGAAGAAAUGUUCCACAUGAAGAUAUUUGUGAAGACUCUGAUGUUGAUGGCGAUUAUAGAGUGCAAAACACAUCUUUGGAGGCAAUAGUACAAAAUGCGACAAGUGACAACCAAGGUGUUCAGUUAAGUGCUGUACAGGCUGCAAGGAAACUUUUGUCUAGUGACCGCAAUCCCCCAAUUGAUGACUUGAUAAAAUCGGGCAUUUUGCCUAUUUUAGUUCAUUGUCUAGAAAGAGAUGACAACCCAUCACUACAGUUUGAAGCAGCAUGGGCUUUAACAAACAUUGCCUCUGGGACCUCUGAACAGACACAAGCAGUUGUGCAGUCAAAUGCAGUUCCGCUGUUUUUAAGAUUAUUGCAUUCGCCACAUCAAAAUGUUUGCGAGCAAGCAGUCUGGGCAUUGGGAAACAUCAUUGGUGAUGGACCACAGUGUCGAGAUUAUGUAAUUAGCCUUGGAGUGGUCAAACCCCUGCUUUCCUUUAUUAACCCAUCUAUUCCUAUUACAUUUCUUCGAAAUGUCACCUGGGUAAUGGUUAACUUGUGCCGUCAUAAAGAUCCACCCCCACCAAUGGAAACUAUUCAGGAAAUACUUCCAGCACUGUGUGUGCUUAUCCACCAUAAUGAUGUAAAUAUUUUGGUGGACACUGUUUGGGCUCUAUCUUAUUUAACUGAUGCUGGCAAUGAACAAAUUCAGAUGGUAAUAGAUUCAGCGAUUGUUCAGAAUUUGGUGCCUCUUUUGAGCCAUCAAGAAGUCAAAGUACAGACAGCUGCACUGAGAGCAGUGGGCAAUAUUGUGACUGGUACAGAUGAGCAGACACAAGUGGUGCUUAACUGUGAUGCUCUCUCCCACUUUCCAGCCUUGUUGACACAUCCAAAAGAAAAGAUUAACAAGGAGGCAGUAUGGUUCCUUUCUAACAUCACAGCGGGGAAUCAGCAGCAAGUACAGGCUGUGAUUGAUGCCAAUCUUGUUCCAAUGAUCAUUCAUCUUUUAGAUAAGGGUGAUUUUGGUACACAGAAAGAAGCUGCAUGGGCAAUAAGUAACUUGACCAUUAGUGGAAGGAAGGAUCAGGUAGCGUACCUUAUCCAGCAAAGCGUUAUCCCUCCAUUUUGCAACCUUCUUACAGUCAAAGAUGCACAGGUUGUGCAGGUUGUAUUGGAUGGACUCAGUAACAUCCUAAAAAUGGCAGAUGAUGAAGCAGAAACAAUUGCUAACCUGAUUGAAGAGUGUGGAGGUUUGGAGAAAAUAGAGCAUUUACAAAAUCAUGAAAAUGAGGACAUCUAUAAACUGGCCUAUGAAAUUAUUGAUCAGUUCUUCUCUUCUGAUGACAUUGAAGAUCCUAGCCUGGUACCAGAGGCAAUUCAAGGUGGAACAUUUGGUUUCAAUUCAUCAGCUAAUGUGCCAACCGAAGGAUUUCAGUUUUAAAAAAAGAAAAACCCUACCUGGAGUUAAUUACGUGAUGCAGCUCUGUAAUUUGAAAUUAGAUCCAUUGUGCUUGGCUCAUGGGAUCCACUGCUGCAUUAAAUCGGAGAGAAAAUGUGUGGAUUUCGUUUGGAGUCAGAGAGAAACCCAAAUGAAGUGAUGGCGAGUGGGUGCGAAUGAGAGUGAGUGGCAAAAUGUUGCAAAAUCUACACUUGAAUGCUUUGAGGAUGUUUUCAAGAAACUGCAAGUUUUUGAAGAUCAACGGCAAAGAAGGAUUGGAAAACCACGAUACAAAUUCAAACAAUUGGGUGAAAAUGAUACCAUAUCGGAGCUUAUGGACAUGUAGCCAGCAGAAGCAGGAAAUUGGUCAGCUUGUCAGUCUAGAGUCUCAGAACCAAGGCCUGGUUAUAAAACGCUGUGUGAAUGGACCCAUGUAUGAAUGUCUGGACUCAAUACGGUGGAGCCAGGUUCAUCUCAAGUCCAGGGCUCUCCAUUCAUGAAACCUCCUCCCGUGUCCAGGAGUGUAGCGUGUGUACGAGAGUAUGGGUGUGAUGUAUGUGAACGCAUGCAAAACUUGAUUUGCCUCUAACGGGCUGAUUUAAUAAACCCAAACAAAAAAAACAAAAAAAAAACACCAAAAUAACGUUGUGUUAGUAUUACUUUACACUGGACAAUGUAAUUGACUGGGUGAGCAGCAGUGCAUUGUAUAAUAUACAUUUAGUAGCUUUUUGUUUACUUGCAUAGGUUUUUUUUUUUUUUUUUUUGUUGGCUUCCCCCCUUUUUUAGAAAUUUUAUUUUUGAAAAUUUUUACACCUUUUUAUUUUAAACGCUUGGAUAAAAACAUUAAGGAAAAAUGGACGGCACCCCUGUGUGUUUACACCAGGUGUUGAUUUGAUGCUGUGAAUAAUUUUCCAUAUCUAUUAAAAAGGAAAAAUGUUACAAAUUGUCUAAUUUUACCUUCCUGCAUGAAUAAUAGUUGUUUACCGUGGACCCCAUUGAACUGCUUUGCAGUGCAGUACACAGUUGCCAUAACCAAAUGCUUUGUACUUGUAUCACAAUCAUGUGAUAAGAUGGCCAUUAACUUGUAAUAUGGUGAAUCACAGUCUCUGCAUGUACUAAAUGGCAGCAUAGUUUUAUUUUAGACAUUUUGUUAGGGUGGGUAUUUUUACAACAGUGCUGUGUUAAUAACUGUUAAUCUUUUUUUUUUCUUUUUCAGAAUUUAGGGUCAUUUCUAUAAAAUUUGCACAUGUACUGCUAACGAUGGACUGAUUGAAAGGUGUAUUGUAGAUGUAUAAAUAUUUGUUGCAGCACCUUUAACCAUACGCAUAUACCUUUUUUAACCAUUUGUUUAGAAAUAGACAGCCACGAACAAUCUUAUCUUGAGUCACUUUAGGGGAGUUUUUUUUUCUUUACUAUUUAAAAUUUUAUUUUCCUGUUUUUGAGGUGUUUAUACACUAAAACCAUUAAUUGUGGGCUUCUCUUUAAGGUGGCUCAUUGUAGGAAAACAUUGUGCCUUCCCUUUUCAGCACAAGUGAUGCAUGCACAGGCUUGCUCAGUUUUAAGUUCAAGGCUAGCCACCAGUAGCUUUUGUGAUCUAGACAUAUUUUUGUGUUACUUAAUUUCAUAACACUGUAGAAAGGACUAUUUUUUGUGGUCGCAUUUUGUUGAGUUAGGUUCUUUUUUCCUUGGCAUCUUUUGUCAGCAAAGUGUGGUUUCAAAAGAGGGAAAGAUCUACAAGUAGUACGUUUAAACUGUCAUUUUUAGAUUAAAAGGAAACAUCUUUGGAGGACAAAAAAUAAACGUUGAAACCCA